AACCCGUCAUCUUCAGGAGUUGUGUGUUCGCAAAUUGAUGACAGAAACCUAUUCCAUCCAGCGUGCAACAAUCAACAAAGGAAGCACUGUAAAAACAGUACAAGAAGAGUGGCCCUUCCUUUUUGAAGCUGUUCACCUGUUUGACCACACAUGUACCCUCAUUGGCUUACCAGUGCAAACAAAGCUGGCAGAGGAAAUCUCCAGAAAGGGAAAGAGUAUCAAAGACUUCCUCGACUCAAGUGGGAUGAAGAUGCCACCAGGUGAAGAUCCAGUACAGCUGAUCUCAGGCAUUGCGAAAUUCUUCAAGGAAAAACCUGAUCUGCUUUUCUACCAAAGUGAGGAGUCAACUGCUGCUGGACUGAGCAUCCCAAGCACCCCUUGCAUCCUUAUCAUGGGUGAUCAACGAUUCAAGAUCGCUGUCGAUCAGGAAGUGGUCAAUGACCAUAUCAACUCCCUCAUUGUGGCCCUGAGCUACGCUUUCUCUUUGUUUUAUGUAUUGAACAUAAAAUACCCAAAGGAGAUGGCAAUCACCCUGGAAUUCAUACAAAGAGUUUUCCUGGGAAUAAAUCCUGAGCGUGGGUCAAAGGCCGAGAAGAAGAGGACCAAACACCAGCACAUUCCUCCAAGACUGCUGAAGUUCCUGUUUGAACUAAACAACUUCGAGAAUCCAUGGAUGGUAAUUUGAGCUGUUUUGCCAUGUAUUUGGAAAUGUUUAAAAGAAAGUUGAAAAGCUGUUUUAGUUGUUUCUGACCACCUUUUGGUGCAACACCAUUUAAACAAUUUUCUACAAAAUGAGCACUUUUUAAUGGUGCUUUGCACAUCGUUCAAUGAAUUGUCGUUCAAUGUAUUGUUUUUAGUCUGUUACGCGUUUAAAGCUAUACAUAACAUUAAAUGAACUACGGAUGCCCCGAUAACUCCAUAAUCUUCCUCUCCAUUCGCCUAUGAACAAAUAUUGGAAUUCUCAGAACUCAUGAUGAUCUAGGCCAUCCCUAGAAUGCACUUUAUGAAUCAGUUUUCAUGUUUUAAAUUUGUUUUAUUCUGUUUGUUGCGGUUUUAAAGUAACAAGUCUGAUCCAAAACAUGGUGCUUUGCAUAUUGUUAAAAUAAUUCGUAAAAAAACUUGUCAUUUAAAAAUGUAGCCAUUGAAUGCACUUUUAUGCAUGUCCUUCAUGGCAUAAAAAAUAAACAUGUUAAAUGUAUAUAUGUUGUGGUGAUUGUAUUUGAUCAUGUUGCUGUAUUAGAUGUUUAGUUAUUUUAACUGAUUACAUUACAUUGGUCUGGUGAUGGAUACCAUUUGUCAUUGUAUUUUAGCAUUAGAGUGAAAGAACAUGUUUAUUUACCA